AUGGAGAAGAAGGAUCAAAGAUUCAUUGGAAGGCUUGGGAGAGCUUAUGUAAAUCAAAGGACGAGGGAGGCUUGGGCCGAAAAAGGUUCGCGUGCCUCCUGGGCGUGGUUUAGCCUUCUUGAAGGAAGGGAUGCUUUGAUCAAAGACUCUCGCUGCCAGAUUUUUUAUCGGAAAAAUACGAAUAUUUGGAAAGACAUUUGGCUUCCUCCUCCCCAUGAUGGGAUUAUCAACGUUAGGCAAAUUGUUCUCCCAUCAGCCCCUCAGCAAGUUUAUGAGAUUAUGGAAAAGGAGACACAUUCUUGGAAGCUAGAGUUGAUUAAGCCGUAUGUACAACCUCACACUUUGGAGAUUAUUCGAUGUUGUACAAUUGCGAAUACUGAGAGACAAGACAGAGUGGUGUGGCCCUGGACAACUAAUGGUGCCUACUCAGUCAAAUCAGGAUACAGAAGAAUUCAUUCCCGGUGUUCAUAUCUAAUCCAUGCAACAGGUUCGACAUCCCACUCAAUUCCAAAAGAGGUCUGGAGCAACCACAUUGAUCCCCGGCUCACUAUUGAUCGAGCAAUGCAAAAUUGUAGGGAGUUUUUAGAUGCUAAGGUCAAAUCUCAUGUACCUUUUGGGGAUGCUUCAGUUGUUCCAAACAUUCUUGCCUAA